ACUGAGAGAGAGAGAGAGAGAUAAAAGAGAGCGAGAAGGAGAGAGCGAGGUCAUUUCCUCCAAGGAUAGGGCUAGGGCUUGGUUUGUGAACCUGCGGAGGAGGAUGGAGGGCGCAAACGGGGCUUACGUGGCGUGGCAGGAGGUGGUGGUGUCGAACGACAAGGGGCGGAGGGUGGUGCACUACUACCUCAAGGGCGCCGGCGGCGGGGCGGAUCUGGCAGUGGUGGGACGGGAGAAGAGCUUGCGGCACAUGUCGUACGCCGUACCUAGCCAGUUCGUCAGAUCGCUCAAGGCGAGGCCGCACCUCCUGCCCUCUUUGCCGUCCUCCUCGGCCCCUCACUUUCCGUCGGCGUCUGCGUUCCCUUUCAAGUGGCGCUCGAGGAGAGAGGUCAUCGACUGGCUCUCGUCUCUAGUCCAAGAACCCAUUGCUUAUGAAUCUCCUACCACAGUAAUUAGAUACGGGGACGGUGAAGAAGCUGAAACUGCAGAUUUGCCUAACUUUAAGCAGGUUUCUUCUUCAGGAAAAACUGGGUAUGUUUCUAAAGAGUUUUCAUGGUUAGGUGCUUCAUGGCUUUGCCGGAAAAGAAGAAAGCAUUAUCGGUCCUUUUGCAAGAAUGGAGUUACAAUUUCUGUCCAUGAUUUUGUUUUUGUUAUGGCCGAAGAAAACAAAAGGCUUGUUGCUUACGUGGAAGAUUUGUACGAGGACUUAAGAGCCAACAAUAUGGUUGUGGUACGAUGGUUUCACAAAGUUGAUGAAGUUGGUAUUGUUUUGCCCCCCGACACUAGUGACAGGGAGAUUUUCUUUUCUCUUUGUCUUCAAGAUCUCAGUGUUGAAUGCAUCGAUGGAUUGGCUGCAGUGCUGAGUGCUCAACAUUUUGAUACGUUUCUGAAUGAGGCGAGAUACUCCAAUUGGAGGCCUUACGUGUGCCACAGGCAGAUUGACAAUGAUGAUGUCAAGCCAUUUGAUAUCACCCAACUUCAAGGCUACUGGAGCCAGGAAUUACUUAGGUCCAUAUUCACAUCUCCCCUUAAGUUACGGUUGAAGAUAACCCGUGGUGGUUCUGAUAUAUCUGGGGGGAAAAAUGGUGAUAUAUCAAUAGAUGGUUCCAAGAGGAAGCACCUGUUGAAUGAUGGUGAUAUUUGUGUUGCAGAAACUAAAACUCGAGUUAAGAUUAAAUCUAGAAGCCUACCUGUUAGCAGCAAAACUGGAAAGAAUAUCACAAGCACCCGUUCUGAUUCUUUGACAAGUAAGGAACUAUAUCUGCAAAAACUUCAGCAACAAUUGUAUCCUGGAUGCCAUGUCGAAGUGCUUUCACAGGACAGUGGAAUAAGGGGUUGCUGGUUCCAAUGUGUUAUCAUUAGGAGGCAUCAGGAUAAGGUAAAAGUCCGUUACCUUGAUGUACAAGAUCCAGAUGAGAGUGGCAAUUUACAGGAGUGGGUUUUGCUGUCAAGAGUUGCAGCACCUGAUAAGCUUGGCAUUCGCCUGUGUGGAAGACCCGUUGUUCGUCCAUAUCCCGCAAAGAGAGUCAAGAAAUGUAGCUUCAAUGUUGGUGCUUCUGUGGAUGCAUGGUGGCAUGAUGGUUGGUGGGAAGGAAUUGUGAUUCGUAGGGAAUCUGAGGGACAAAUUCAUGUAUAUUUCCCAGGGGAAAAGCGUACCAAUGUUUUCAGCGAGAGUGACUUGAGGCAGUCGCAAGAUUGGAUCGAUAAUAAAUGGAAUAGCAUACAAGAUCAGAUGGAUAUUGCAAACUCAUUGUUAUCAGAUGUGAUGAAUGAUUCAAAGGAUUUAUCGAAUGAUCAUGGGCGAUUCCUUCUUAAGACACUUGUUACCGAAGAUCAUCAUCGGAAAGAACCUUAUGAUAGUAUCUCACCAUUUGACACAGACCAAGAUGAGAUCACACCAAGUGGAGGAUAUACAUCGACCGAUGGAGAGGGAGACAUCCCAGAUCUGACCAAGGAUCCUCAAUUCAAAUGGAAUUCAUUGAAGAAGAAAAAACGCAGAAGGGAACUGACCGAAGAUUCUUUUUCUCAUAAGAAACAACGUCGUGAAGCUAACAACAGCAGCAGCCAAGACCUCGAGGACUCUGAUGCCUGUGGGGGGUUUGUGCUACCUAAAUCGCUGACUGUUGAUCAUGAGAACUGCAAGAUUGGAGGUGAUCCUAUGUUCAAUGCGCCGAUGACACUUACCAACCUGGUUAUGUCCCAAUAACACUUUAUAAUUGUGCAGUCCAACUGGCUUUGAUCAAGAAUGCAACUGCCGUUGUAGAUCUUGGUUUUCUUACAUCUCCGUGUUCUCUCAGCCCAGGCUUUUUGCAGGAUGAACAGAUCCCUUCAGCUGGCACGGUCGUGUGUUUCUUAGUAAGAUGCCAAUGUAUCCCUGUAUUAUGUCUAGUUUUAGAAUGUUGUUGUUGGGCCACGCUUCUUUGGGAUGAGGAUGAGACGAUGAUUGACCCUUUAGAUGUAUCCUAACCCAAAUUUUGCUGACCAUUCAUUUUGAAUGACACAUCCCAUUCCAAUCUUUCCUGUACACUAUCGUUUGCAUUUCUUGUUCAGCUGACAAGGAAAAUGAAUGAUUGGCUGCGUUAUGUUUGCCUU